CCUGCCCCUCCCCUCAAUUUCUCCUUGGUUCCUUUUCCAUUUCCACAUCGCUCCUGCACAUCCAUUACCCACUGAACGACCCGACGCAAACCGCCAUCAUGUCGGACACCACUCGGGCCCCCAGCCCCAAGCCGUCAUAUGCCGACCACCAGCCCAAAAAUAUGGGACAGUGGGCAAUCGAUCCAGACACCAUUUGGGUCAGCCCGAAGCCGUUCAAUCAAAAGGCCUACAGGAGCAAGGCCGCUUACGCUGAGCACCUACGCAAGCAUGGUGAACAGUUGGAGAUCGCGUCGAACACCACUACCACUCCGACCACCAGUCUGAAGCCGUCCUCCGCGAAGGCACACAGGAGCAAUGCCGCUAAUGCCGACCAUCUACGCAAGAGUGGUGGACAUUUGGAAGUCGCGUCGAACACCACUACCACUUGGACCCCCAGCCUGAAGCCGUUCAAUCAAAAGGCCUACAGGAGCCGCGCCGCUUACGCCGAGCACAUGCGCAAGCAUGAGGGACAGCACACCACUUGGAUCCCCAGUAUCAAGCCGUCCUACGCGAACGCGUACAGGAGCAAGGCGGCAUAUGCCGAACACCUGAGCAAGCAUAGUAACCUGAGAUGA